AUGUUGCAAUCAGGUGUGCCAGCACAAGUGUUGCACAGGGUCGCCUGGUGGCUUCUGGACCUGGUUGACUGGUCGCGGCGCUCAAAUGAAAUACCUCCUCCAGAUUUCACACUUCCGGGCGUGACUAUUCCUCCUCCGCUACCUGAUCAUGUGGAGGCUGGCAUGACAAGAGUCACAACACUUCCCAAUGGUGUUAAAAUAGCCUCUGAGACAUCUGCAGGAUCAUCUUGCUCUGUUGGAGUUUAUGUUGAUUGUGGUUCUGUAUAUGAAGCACCUGAAACAACAGGUGCCAGUCAACUGUUGAAGACAAUGGCCUUCGCAACCACUGCCAACAGGAGCGAAUUGCGGGUUGUACGUGAAAUUGAGGCAAUAGGUGGCAGUGCCAAAGCAUCUGCUAGCCGUGAGAUGAUGAGCUACACUUACGGGGCCCUGAAGACUUACAUGCCUGAAAUGGUUGAGGUGCUUAUUGAUUGUGUACGCAACCCUGCUUUUCUUGAUUGGGAGGUCAAGGAACAGAUUUUGAGGCUAAAGGCAGAGCUUGCGAAAUCAUCAAGUAAUCCUGAAAAAUUCCUUUUGGAGGCUCUUCAUUCUACUGGCUAUUCUGGUGCUUUAGCAAACCCACUAAUUGCGUCAGAAUAUGCAAUUAGCAAAUUGAAUGCAGAUGUCCUGGGGCAAUUUAUAAUUGAGAACUACACUGCUCCCCGAAUUGUUCUAGCUGCUUCAGGUGUUGAUCAUGAUGAAUUGGUAUCUAUUGCUGAACCCCUUCUGUCUGACAUUCCCAGUGUAUCUGGAACAACAAGGCCAAAAUCUACCUACAUUGGUGGAGAAUACAGAAGAAGUGCAGAUUCAUCGAACACAGAUGUUGCAUUGGCAUUCGAGGUCCCAAGUGGUUGGCUCAAAGAAAAAGAUUUUGUGACCGUAUCAGUUCUUCAGCUCUACAUCUUUUACAGACACUUCUGGGCGGUGCUGGCAAAUUUUCUUGGGAAAGGCAAGGAAAGGGGCUGCAUUCAGCGUCUAAACCAUCUAGUAAAUGAAUUUGAUCAGAUCAAGUCAAUCUCUGCUUUCAAGGACGUUCACAGUAAUACUGGCAUCUUUGGAAUCCAUACAUCUACUGAUGCAUCAUUUGUUCCUAAAGCUAUUGACCUAGCAGCAAGAGAGCUCACUUCCCUUGCAACUCCUGGACAAGUUGACCAAAGCCAACUAGACCGUGCUAAAGCCUCAGCUAAAUCAGCGAUACUGGCGAACCUGGAAUCGCAGGCAUCACUAACAGAAGACAUUGGGCGCCAAGUUUUGGCAUUUGGUGAAAGGAAACCUGCUGAGCACCUUCUCAAGGCUAUUGAUGGUGUUACUCUGAAAGAUGUAACAUCUGUUGCUGAAAAGAUCAUUUCAUCGCCAUUGACAAUGGCAUCUCAUGGAAACGUUCUGAACAUGCCAACUUAUGAGUCGGUCAGUGGCAAGUUCCGCUCAAAAUGA